AUGGGCAAGAAGAAAGCCUUCAAGCCAAAGCCACCUCCGCCCUGCUCGAGAAUGUACCUAUCUCUACAUGAAAACGUCGCGGCAGUUCUCAGCGAACACUCCAUCACAGCUCGAUUUCACAACAACGAAAACGGUGAAGGCGCCACGCGCUCGUUUCCGACAAACAUUUUCGGACGCUUCACUUGCGACAACAAAGGCUGCUCAGGCGGUGUCUGGAUCAGCGGAAAGAUUGCGACAUUAAUCCGGCAAUAUCCAAAUGACGGGUAUAACGCUAUUAAAUUCUGGUUCCCCCACUCGUUCAUCCGGAACCUUCCCAUUGACCAACGCCAUGAGAGUGAUAGGCUUGAGCUUCCCGUUCGCAUCGAUGAGAAUGACCCCCUCCUUCGCACAAGGCCACCGCCGCCCCAGACUGUCUUCCUUAACAUAAGCACUAAAAUCGCACUUGGUAACGACUCUCAUUUCUUUGAGGCUGUGAUAAUGAGGGAACUCUGUUUCAGCUUCAAGCCAGAGCCAGUACGUGUCCCGCUCCAGCCGCUCAACCUCCAGUCUUUGGACCAAAGGCGCAGCUUGCCGUAG